CUUAGCUAGCCUAGCUCUAGUGCUACCAGUGUGACCGUUGGCUAGCGAGCCAGGCAUGAAUAAACCAGGAUACUAUGGAUACGCCUUGUUAAAGAAACCCAAUUGUUAAUUGCCUUAUCUAACAUACGUUUCUACAGCUAGCUAGACUUACUGUCGCUGCAGUGCUAGCUAUAGUACUGCGGAAUGGACUGGUUCCAUUGCAACAACUGUUUCCGAAGACAGGGAGUCCAUUUCGCUGUAUCCAGCUGUGGUCACAUCUCCUGUGAAGGCUGCAUUAACCCCAACCGGUGCACUAUUUGUGGGGCAAGCUGUAAUUACCUGCCCAUUUCAGACCAGAUGAAGACUCAGGAACAGGUGUUUUUCAAGGACCCAGUAAAACUGAUUCAGUCACGCCUCGAGCACAUAGCACAGAUUGCUCUAUUUCAACGGAGGCAAAAGGAGAGUGUGAUUUCACACUUUAAACACAAGUCUGUGGAGCUGGAGAAAAGAUUGAAAGAGGUCACAGACCAGUGCUACAGACAAGUGUCAGAGCUGAAAAGAGAGAAUGCUGAGUUGAAGAAGCCACUGUCUCAGAGAAGGGUAUCACCCGGCAACAGAUUCCAAGUGAAUGGCACUAUUCAAAGAAUGUCACUACCAAUGGCUGUGACUUCCCCAGUCACUCCUCGCUCUCGAAAUGUCAUUCACCCAGGCUCAGCUGAGAUUCAGGAGAGGAACAGAGACAGAAACCAUAGACUUACCCUAACAACUCCACCAGGUUCUGCUACUUCAGUCUUAAGCCUUAGCUCUGUUCACGAUCGUGGAUUUGCCACACCCAACUCAGUCGGUACCCCAACCCGGCCUGAGCAUCUGACUCCUAAUAUUUUCCAGUUCCAGUUCUUGACGGGUGCAAUGCUGCAAUCCCCCAGGCCUUCCAGAGGGGGCCAGUAUUCAGCACCUUAAAUGGGUAAAGAGCAACCCCAUAGCAGUAAGAUGUGGGAAUGCUUCUCCAAAGAUGUCUCAGUUUUUGUGGUCUGUCUUUACUUAGCAUACACAAAGCAUUUACUAAUUUGAAUAUUUAACACUAGUUACGGUGGUCAAAAUGUAGUUUCUUUGAUUUGAAAUAUAUAUUUACAGCUUUGAGUAUCUUUUUUGGAGAUUUUGUUUUACACAUGAAAAGGGUUUCAUAUUUCUUGCAUUCAAGCAUCCAAUCUAAAUGGUGGACAGUAAUGCAUUGCCUGUGAUGUGUUCACUUUACUACAUAAAUUGGAUCACUUAUAAAAAAUGUGUUGGGCUCUGCUUGUAAUUGUACAAUUCAAGACCAUUUUGACCAGCCAGAGGCCACCUCCUGCUGUUUGUGUGAUGAACAGUUGCAUACCCCCAGUGAGGGAACACAAAACUUUGACAAAAUGAGAUUCACGUCUUGUCUGGAAUUUUUAUUUUGUAUGUACAUGUUUUAAACUGUUCAGUGACACAGUUGUGCAAAUGUAACAUAACCUUAUGAAAAGUAUUACCUUACCAUUUAAUUUACAUAUGAAAACACAAGGAUAACAAGUCUAUACUCUCCUACAACUGAGACUAGAGGAAGACCUUUUUUUUCCUACAACCUUUCUACAUAGCAUACUUGUAUUAACAUUUCAUAGCUAAUAAAAUAACAUUAAACACCAAUGUAAAAAUGUUGAUUAAAUACAUGUACUGCUAUACCUAAAUGUGACAGUUGUGCUGUGUAUGGCUGGAGAUGCAAAAACGUGUAUUAUUGCUUUGGAUUAUGUUGAACAAACCCAAUCCAUUACCCGGUUCCAUUGCUCACUCCCUAUUAAAAUAAUUUAUCUCAAUUACACAGCGCACACAAAUUAAACCAAUCUGCCCACAUAUUUUGUUUGAAUGAUUUACAAUGAAUAUGGUCAUGUUGUACUUAAAUAGAGCCUUGUGUAGAACAACACCUCAGAAGAAUA